GAAACAGAGUGAUAUAUAUAAACAUAUCAUAUGUUAAUGGGGUUGCUUAGGAAGAAGCAAGUUGAUUCCGUUGACCACUUAAGCCGAGAUAAGGGUCACCAUCAAUUGGCCAAGAAGUUAUCUGUUCUUGAUCUUGUUGCAAUUGGUGUUGGAGCUACCAUUGGAGCUGGAGUGUAUAUUCUUGUCGGAACAGUUGCUAGAGAGCACGCAGGACCGGCUCUUACCAUAUCAUUCUUAAUUGCUGGUAUAGCUGCUGCACUCUCCGCAUUUUGUUACGCUGAGCUUGCAUGCCGCUGCCCGUCUGCCGGGAGUGCUUAUCACUAUACAUACAUAUGUAUUGGAGAAGGUGUUGCUUGGCUGGUUGGUUGGGCUCUAAUAUUGGAGUAUACUAUUGGUGGUGCUGCUGUAGCUCGUGGCAUAACUCCAAAUCUGGCCUUGUUUUUUGGAGGUGAGGGCAAGUUGCCUGCUUUCUUGGCUCGUCAUACGAUUCCUGGACUUGGUAUUGUGGUUGAUCCAUGUGCAGCACUAUUAGUCGUAAUAGUCACAGUUCUCUUGUGCUUUGGGAUCAAGGAGAGUUCAUUGGCUCAAAUGGUUGUUACAACAGUUAACGUUGGUGCCCUGCUUUUUAUCAUAACAGCCGGUGGAUAUUUGGGAUUCAAAACUGGAUGGACUGGAUAUAAAAUUCAGAGCGGGUAUUUUCCCUUUGGAAUAAAUGGGAUGUUUGCUGGAUCUGCGAUCGUCUUCUUUUCGUACAUUGGAUUUGAUUCAGUUACUAGCACUGCCGAGGAGGUAAAGCAUCCCCAACGAGACUUGCCAGUUGGUAUAGCCAUUGCAUUGACUAUAUGUUGCGUUUUGUAUAUGCUUGUGUCGGUGGUUAUUGUUGGCCUAGUACCAUACCAUGCAUUGGAUCCAGACACACCUGUUUCUUCCGCAUUUGCUAGCUAUGGAGUGCAAUGGGCAGUGUACAUUAUAACGACAGGAGCGGUUACUGCUCUCUUUGCAAGCUUGUUGGGUUCAAUUCUUCCUCAGCCAAGAAUCCUGAUGGCAAUGGCUAGAGAUGGAUUAUUGCCAUCAUUUUUCUCACACAUUAACAAAAACACACAGAUUCCUUUGAAGGGCACCAUUGUAACUGGUAUCUUUGCGACGGCACUGGCCUUCUUUAUGAAUGUUUCGCAAUUGGCAGGGAUGGUUAGUGUGGGUACGCUGCUUGCAUUUACCACUGUGGCAGUUUCAGUUUUGAUACUCAGAUAUGUUCCACCAGAUGAAACACCACUUCCAUCAUCACUACAAGAGUCCAUUGAGUCAGUUUCAUUGAAAUAUGGCGAUAAUAUUAUGGAAAGUGACAGCAGAAUCAUCCAAAGUCCUGGCUCCUGUGAGUGGGACGAUCGACAUUCGCAUGAUAAAGGGGAUACACAACUCGUUCGUCCUCUAAUUUGGAAAGGCCCGACCCAAGAGAAAAAAAGUGAACAAAUGAGGCGGAAAAUUGCUGCUUGGGCCAUAACCUUUCUCUGCAUAGGGAUUCUUGUCUUUGCAUCUGCGGCUUCAGCCGAAGGUCUUCACAGCACUCUUCGUCUCACAUUUUGUGGAGUGGGCGGAGCUCUUCUAGUGUGCAGUUUGGUUGUGCUGGCAUGUACACCGCAAGAUGAUGGGAGGCACAGCUUCGGUCACGCAGGAGGUUUCGCUUGCCCAUUCGUUCCGUUCUUGCCUGCUGCCUGCGUUCUCAUUAAUACCUAUUUACUAAUCGAUCUCGGAGCCGCAACUUGGAUCCGAGUUUCCAUAUGGUUGGCAAUGGGAGCAUUGGUGUACGUGCUUUAUGGACCAAGGCCGAAAGACGAUCCCUAUAAUCAACUGUUGCAGAUUUGUGUGGAAGACCACGGCCUUUUAUGCGAAGUCGUCGAAUUGCGGCGAGGAGGAAGGUUCGACGAUAAAUGGAACCCUAUUGUCCUCAAAGACGUCCUCCACAGAAGAGGAGUGACAAUUGAGAAUUUGACGAAGAAGAUCGAGAAGGACUUUGGCUGGGUCGUGCCAAAUUGUGGUGGAGCUCCGAGACUUGGCAACUGCCAAUAUUACGACCACGACCGCAGCCACGACCAUGAGAGAUAAUUUCAAGCGUUACAAAUUAGCGAAGUUGGCUACCUGAAGAAGAUCAUGAUGUCAUCACGAGCUUCGUGGCGAAACCUAACAACAUUUCAUGGGGUGGUUAUAUGACACACAACACUA